UAUUUUUUCCCAUCUGAGUUCAACAACAUCCAACUCUUUAUAUGCACUCAAAAUGCAUACGUUAUCGGAGAUAUAAUGUGAUUGGGAAUUAACGUUGUAUUAUUUUUAAUCAGGCGGUCAAUGCGGACACCCAAGCUGUCAAAUUAGUCAGUGGUCCUACUGGUCCUUUUUGCUGGGAACUUGCGCCUGUGUGAGGUCAUGUACCGUCUCUGAUAUAAGCCAAAAUUGAAAUAUUAUCUUUGUUAACACAGAAAUAUCAACCAUUUCGGAAGUGAUGAUGGGCGGUAAAUCGAGCACGAUAGCCGCCGGUGUUUGCGGGGCUCUGUUCGUCGGCUACUGCAUCUACUUCGACAGGAAAAGACGGAGUGACCCCAACUUCAAGAACAGGCUGCGAGAACGGAGGAGAAAUCAGGCGGCUGCAAAACAAGGGACAGGACUGUCGAAGCUCCCAGACCUGAAGGAUGCAGAAGCGGUCCAGAAAUUCUUUCUCGAGGAGAUUCAGCUGGGAGAGGAGCUGUUGGCUCAGGGUGACUACGAGAACGGCGUGGAGCAUCUGACCAAUGCCAUCGCCGUGUGCGGCCAGCCCCAGCAGCUUCUCCAGGUGCUGCAGCAGACCCUCCCGCCACCUGUCUUCCAGAUGCUACUCACCAAACUGCCCACCAUCAGCCAGCGUAUUGUGAGCGCACAAGGUAGCUUGAAUGAAGACGACUUAGAAUGAGGAUCGUCGAUGGAAGUUUCCCCUCGGAACACUCUUCUUCUGGACCCUCCUAUAACAGGAGUAGGGUGAAGUUGCCCCUAGAUGCUGAUCUUGGGUCAGUUAUGUAUUUUCCCCACCUUUAUUUUAUUUAACCAGGCAAGAACAUAUUCUUAUUUUCAAUGACAGCCUGAGAACAGUGGGUUAACUACCUGUUCAGGGGCAGAACGACAGAUUUGUACCUUGUCAGCUUGGGGGUUUGAACUCGCAACCUUCCGGUUACUAGUCCAACGCUCUAACCACUAGGCUAUGCUGCCGCCCCACUAAUGGUUAAGGUUAGGAUUGGGGAGGGGAAGGUGAUCCUAGAUCGGUACUUAGGGGAAAGUUCAUCCCGGAGCUCUUAUAACCCCUUAUCCUGAUUUGUAUAGAAAAUUGUUUAAAAAAAAAAAAAACUCACUUGAAGGUAUUCUUUUGCUUCUGUCCAAAUGAAAAACAUGAACCCGUCCAAUUACCACACGUUGUGUGUUACUAUUGGUCGCAUCAGAUUGCCAUCUUUUGAUUUGCAGCAAUGGUAACCAAUCAAAUGCCUAUUGGACCCAUUUUAUUGGAUUCAUAUGCAGUUAGUGUUUUGCUUCUCUUACAGUUUGUCUCUGAAAGGUAUAGCAAAACAUUUCUCAGCAUUUACAAUACCAUCCCUGCAACCACCCCCAUGUUUACACAGCUCUGGGACCAUAUGUAUUAAGCUUCUUGAAUAGGUGUGCUGAUCUAGGAUCAGGUCCUCCCCCCUGCCCACGCAGUCUUGUUCAUUGUGAUCUGAAAGGAAACUGAUCUUUAAAAAUAAUUCCUACUGAGGCUUGAUUACAUAUAGCCCCUGUACUAAAACCUCUUUCUACAAACUUCUUAGUCUUUCAAUUUCCUUGUUCCUACAUGUGAUCUGUCUCAGCGCUGUUGUAUAAGUUAUUGUUUUCAGUCUGACAUGGAUACUUUAAAGUGAUUGAAUGUUCUGUUAGGUCAUUAAGGUUGUUCCUCUUUGUAAGAAAUCUAAAUAAAAAGGUCAAUGACAACACCUUU